AUGCAUUCCGAACGCCAUUCAGCGCUGCGUUUGCUCUACUCGAGGCAUAUGGAAGAUAUCUCGGGUAGUCACCCGAGACGUGUACGCAGUGCUGCAGUCUACCAGACGCGACGGUGGACGGUCAAACUUCUUCCGCACAUCCCGGACAAGCAACGUCCUAUGGUUUACUUGGCCACUCUGGCGAAUCCCUUUCCGUUCAAGCGUCGCUUGCGGAAUACUGUGUGUAAGAGAAUUUUGACACAAAAACCCAACGCCUCGGCGAAAACCAGCAGCAGAGAUGCACCCCACACACUCCAUGCGGGCCAAGCAGGGGGUACCCAGUCGUUUUUCGCUCUCUCGAAACGGAGUCGUUGA